AAAUCUGAUAGAACCCAUCCUCAAAUACUGUAAGAGCCGGAAAGGUGCAAACAGACACCGAAGACUUUGGUAGAAGGAACAGACAGCGAGCGCUGCAGUCAUGCACGGAGCAAAAGGAGGAGAGGUGAUGACCAGCGACCCCUCUGAGCUGGAAUGGGCUAUCCAGACACUGGUGAAGAAUUAUGACAAGUACUCCAGCAGAGGCGGCUGUUGCUGCUGUUGCAAGAAACAGCGUGGAAUCAGCAAGGGGGGGUUCCGGAAGAUGCUGACCCACGAGCUCAACCACAUGCUGACGGACACCAAGAACAAGCAAGCAGCCAACAAACUGAUUUGCGACCUCGAUGAGAACCACGACGGGCAGAUCAGUUUUGACGAGUACUGGAUCUUGAUCGGCGGCAUCGCCAGCCCAAUCUCGUGCCUGAUCCGACAGCAGGAAGAGAAUGUGAAGUUCACUAAGUAGAGAGCCAAUGGGAGCAAUGAUGCCACCUGCUCCGCCCCAACUCCCCACAAUUGCGUAUCUCCAGCUCCCCCUGCGGGCCGAGUUGUGCAUGACACAUAACACCUGCGUAGGUUAUUUGGUUUUCUCCACUUCUUGGUGUGACAUUGAAGGCUGAAGAGAAUUGGAACGUGGAUCUGUCUGUUUACAUUGCACAUUUCCCCAUCUGCUCCCGUUGGAUAUCUCCAUUCAGAGAUACUGCAUCCGGGGGUGGGUCUUGGUGGUUCAAUCUGUGUCAUAUUCUAACUGUGAAUACCAUUGCAAUAAAAUCUGGAGUCGGA